GUUCCCGUGCUCGGGGCUGUCUGCCCGGCAGAUCUGGAGAGGAAACCAUCGCCUCCGUGCUGAGAGCUGCCCAGGCCCUGUGGCCCUUCGCCUCCCUCCGCAGGGCUGUGCGGACUGACCCGCAGCGGGGACCCGCCCGGGAAGGGUCCAGCGCCGGCUGCAGGGGGUGCGCGGGGGUCACCCCGUCCCCUGCCCCGUAUCGGACAUGGCUCCUCCCUGCGCUGGGUGCGGGGAGCUCGUGUCCUCCCAGCCGCAUCGCCCUGGCCCCGGCGAGCCGGGCCCGCUGGUUCCCCGGCAGAUCCGGGCGGGCUGUGGGUCCGUGGCCGCCGCCUCCCGCUUGGCCCGGGCCGAGAGCAGCGUGGCCGGAGCCGCCGCCUCCCCGGAGCGGCCGCAGCCGCCGGCCCAGCGCCGUGCCCGGCAUGGCCGGGGCCCCGCGCCUCCUCCUGCUCCUGCUGGCGCUGCCGCGGGCCGGGGAGCGCGGCCGGGCCGGGCCGGGCCGGGCCGGGCCGGGCCGGGGCGGGCGGGCCCGGGAAGGGCGCGGGCAGCGCCGAGCUCCCGGCAGGGCGAGCCCCGCAGCGGGGCAGGGCCGGCGGCGGGGGAGGCCGGGGGCAAAGGCCGGGGCCGGCGGCACGACAGCCUCGGACCUGCCCCUGCCCGGCCGGGACAGGGACCUUGCACCCGGAGCGGCAGGAGCGGGCGGGGCGGGGCGGGGCUGUGUGGACAGGGGUGCCCGGGGCUGGGCAGGGCAAUGCCCGUGUGCGCGGGGGUCGCCCUCAGUCCGUGUUGUUCCCCGGCAAGUGCAGCAUGGUCCGGAGCUGGUGCAGACGCAGCCCCGACAGAGCUGGUCGGGACCGCGGGGGAGACGGUCACGUUUCCUCUCGAGAUCCCGGCAGGGGAGACAUUAGAUACUGCUGUCUGGACGAUUGGCACAGAGAGUCUAGCAUCGGCGGGACCAGGAGACCCCGCGAGUGUCCUUGUCACAGACAGGCGCUAUAGGGGCCGCCUGCGUGUCCCCAACGCCGGCCUCGCACUGCACAUCACCGACCUGAGGCCGGAGGACGCGGGGUCCUACACAGCUAGAGUCAACACGGAUAAAAUCAUAUUUACCAGCCAUUUCACACUGCAUGGCUAUGCCUCACUCCCUGCUGCCUGCUCGCCCUUCAGAUGCCUGCUGUGAUGGCGGAAGCUCUCUGUCCCAUUCUGCUGUGUCUCCUCCUGAGUUUCCAAAAUCAGGGUAAGUGCCAAGGGCCUGCAUGUACCCCUGGUGCAGUAGACUUUAUAGAAUUACAGAAAAUGAGGGUGGGAAGGGACCUCAGGAGGUCGCAUCUAAUCCAACCCCCUGCUCCAAGCAGAACCAGCCCCAGCCCCGGUCCCAGCCUGAGCCAAGGCUUUGUUUAGCCAGGCCUUAAAAACCUCCAAGGAUGGGGAUUGCUCCACCUCCCUGGGUAACCCAAGGGUGAACGCAGGCUGCUGGUUUCUGCAAGGCAGAGACGGUCUCUGGCCUUGUCCUGGUGCCUUUCAUUCCAGCACUGCCCCAGCACAGGAUCUCCUGGGAGUUGCAGCCACAUGGACACUAUACACUGGUAUUAGCACUGUCCCUUGUGUCAGGCGUGAGAGGGUAAUACCAAGUGCUGCACAGACACACAAGGCAUGCAGCCUGCAAACAGCCUAGCAGGCCUGGAAGCAUCUGCUUCUGCUGAAGGUUUCUGUUCUGAAUGUCUCCUGGCCUCAGUUGAAGUGGAUUGGGUCUUUAAAUGCAUUUGAAAUGGGAAAUUGUGGGGCUGGCUGGGCUCUUUUCAUUUUGAAAAAAAAAAAGCUUUCACAGCUUUGGAAAUCUCUGCGCAGGAGGAGUUUGCAGGUUGGGGGCUGCUGCUUGGGCCUAUGGGUGUGCAUGGGGGCUAGGGCGGGAAGAGCUUAGUGCCUUUUGGGUGCACAUGUUGCUGAGGUUUUUUGACCCCAUCAGUUUUUUCUGUUUAGAGCAGGGGGCUGGACCCGAUGAUCCCAGGAGGUCCCUUCCAGCCCUAAACUUGGGUGAAUCUCAGAAGGUUAAAACCCAGAUACAUGCCGCUGAGCUGGGUGACUAUGGGUCCUGGGCUGGGUGACUUAUUUAAAUCAGGAUGUGAAGAAAUGGCUCUCUUUGUCUGCUUUCCUGCACUGAGUAUGCCUAGCCCCCUCUGCCCCGAAAUCUGGGUGCUGUUUCCACCUGGUCACUUGGACAGCCGUGUGACCUGGGCUGGAGAAAUUCCUGAGGGAGUGGGAGAGCUUGUUCUUCUGUUGUCCUGUGUAACCCUGAACCCUCUCCUGAGGGUGCUGAUGUUUUUCAAACUGGCCAGCUGGCAUUAGCCGUGGUCAGAGCAUACUGGGUUAUGGCUGGAACUUAAUGAUGAGGUAAUAAAAGCUCUAAAAGAGAGUCACUCCAUUUUGAGAGACACACAUCUGGUCCCUGAAUCAAGCUAUGGGCCUCCAGACUCUUCUGGAUGUAGAUGUGAGUAACGUAUCUGAAAUCUAGCUAGGAAUUUAGAGUUAAGUGUUUAUUUGCAUAUCAAAAGGCAACAAGCCUAUACUGUUUUGCUCAAGGUUGGUUUUCUUUCUAUAUUCCGCUGUUUUGUAUUCUUUUCUCACCCUAUCCCUCUUUGAUCAAUAAAUCUAUCUGUUUCAGCAUGCCAUUCUUUGUGUGCUUAAGAGGGAAGGGACCAGCCUUGUUAGCUCACUUUACUAGGCUGGCUAAGGUGGGCUCGGCUUCUUACUUUCUUCCUGUACUGCAGGCUGCUUGUGAAUUCUUUAGGCUAAUAGAAGCACCCCAAAAUCCUACGGUGGGUUAAGCUCCCUCAAGGUCUACAGGGUCUGUGUACCCUGGGUGGUACAGGGUCCUAGCAAAGACCCAAGUCCGGGUGGUGGCAGUGGUUACCCCAGGCUUGCGAGUGGGCUCCAGGAAGGAAGUUGGCUAGAUCUAGACACCCCAGGGGAGACGCUCAGCACAUCGUUUUUGGCCGGGCGCAGUAAAGUGGGUGGCUCACUACAGGAGCCCUCUACUACUGGCCUCCACACAGGCUGUGAUCAGUGGAGCUACCUGCUAGUUGGCCGUCAAGGACUGUCUCAGCUGCAACAGGGGGUUGCAGGUAUCCAGGUCUGUGAGAAGCC